CAGUCCGCAGCAGAACUCAGAGACGCCUCCAGGACCCACAGAGGAGCCAGCAUGGUGGAGUUCGCGCCUUUGUUUGUGCCACUGGAGCGCAGAUUGCAGACCUUCGCGGUCCUGCAAUGGAUCUUCUCCAUCUUGGUCUUGCCCCUUCUCUGCCUUGUGGUCUUCAUAGGCCUCCUGUUCACAAGAUUCUGGUUCUUCAGUAUCCUGUAUGCGAUCUGGUUAUACUUGGACCAAAAUAAGCCAUGGCAGGGGGGCAGGCACAGUGAGAUCCUAAGGCACUGGGUCAUAUGGAAGUACAUGAAGGACUAUUUCCCCGUCUCGCUAGUCAAGACUGCUGAGUUGGACCCCUCCCGGAACUACCUCGCUGGCUUCCACCCUCAUGGAGUCCUGUCGGUCGGAGUUUUUACCAACCUGAGCUCAGGGAGCACGGGCUUCUUCUCAGUUUUCCCUGGCAUCCAGCCACAUGUGACAACGAUAAACAUAUUUUUCUGGAUCCCAUUCUUCAGGGAUUACAUCAUGCAAGGGGGGCUGGUCCCAGCAGACAAAGAGAGUGUUGCUCACAUUCUGAGCAGGAAAGGAAGCGGCAACCUAGUGGUCAUCACUGUUGGGGGCAUCAAGGAGGCACUGAAGACCAGGCCUGGAGCCUACAAGCUGGUGCUGCGGAACCGCAAGGGCUUCGUCAGGCUCGCCCUGAUGCACGGAGCAGAUCUAGUGCCGAUCUUCUCCUUUGGGGACAAUGACUUAUUUGUCCACCCUAAGAUAUCUCUUGGCUUUUGGUGGAAAUGGUUCAUUGAUCAACUGUACAAGAAGAUAGGUGUUGCCCUCCCGCUUUUCUAUGGCCGUGGAGUCUUCCAGUACAGUUUUGGUUUUCUGCCCUACCGCCGACCCAUCACCACCGUGGUGGGGAAGCCCAUCGAGGUACAGAAGACACCACAUCCCUCCCAGGAGGAGGUGGACAGGCUGCACCAGCGCUACAUGAACGAGCUGGAAAACCUCUUCGAAGCCCACAAGCUCAAGUACAACGUCCCAGAAGACCAACACUUGGAGUUCUACUGA